UAGGUUUGCUCUUAGCAUGGUUUCGGAUUCGGUUUGCUGUUAUUUUUAAAAAAAAAGGACAAGAAGGUAGCCAAAAACAAAAGUUCAUUUUUAUUAAAACAAGUACAUGACAAGGAAAUUACUGAUAUGUUUCUGAAACACCUUUUCAUUCUCUACAUUUCAAUCGAGAUUUCUGGAGCUUCUGUUGGAGAUCGCUCUCCCUAUUAUCAAAGGUGUUUAGAAAAAUGCCAAUUGGCUAAUUGCACAGAAGAUGGGGCGAAUUUUGUGGGAAACUUCCAACAACCCACAUAUUUGAAAUUGAUGGCUUGGUCAUGCGAGGAUGAGUGCAAAUAUAACUGUAUGUGGGCAACAGUGGAUUCGUUUCAUGAAAGAAAAUGGAAAACUCCGCAGUUUUAUGGGAAAUGGCCAUUUGUAAGAAUAUUAGGAAUUCAAGAACCAGCUUCUGUAGUAUUUUCCUUAUUAAAUCUUUAUAAUCAUUUAAAAAUGAUCAAAAUAUUCCAUAGGCGAGUGAGAUCGGAUAGUCCCCUGUAUUGGCUAUGGUUUGUGUAUUGUAUGAUAUGCUCUCACGCUUGGGCUUGGUCAGCAAUAUUCCAUGCCCGUGACUUUCCUUUAACGGAAUUAUUGGACUACGCUUGUGCUUUUUCUAUAGUUUUAAUUAAUUGUUAUGUAAUGAUGUUCAGGGUUUUAAGGUACAUAAUGCCCCGCUUCUUUUUCAUAGUGAUUACUGUGUUAUUUUUAGCAUUAUUUGCUAAUCAUACUGCCUAUCUGAGUAUGGGGCAAUUUGAUUAUGAGUAUAAUAUGCAAAUUAAUAUCAUUGUUGGUACAAUAACUGCACUGUGUUGGUUCAUCUGGUCAGUAAUCUAUCGAUACAGACAACCAUAUGUAUGGAAAUGUGCCAUGUUUGUAGCUCUGACUGGACUGAUCCUUCUGUUAGAGCUAGUGGACCAACCUCCAAUAUUUUAUGUAUUUGACUAUCAUUCUUUAUGGCAUUUGGCGACUGCGCCUUUGGUGCUUUUAAUUUACAGCUUUGCGAUCGAUGAUUGUCAUUUUCUAAGAAAGACUGAAAUUAUUGAUAUGCAAGACGAGAGGUACAAGCCAAAACAUCGCUGAAAAAGAGAAAAAAAGGCUGGUAAGGUGGGCUGCGACACAGAAAAAUAAUGACAUCACUAGAAGCUGCCAAAGAUUGUUUUUUUAAGGUUUUUAAAUGUGUGUUAAGUAAUGGAUAUUAUUGAAUUUGAUUUCCUUGUGAUUCUUAUUAUAUUAGAAUAAUAAAAAAAUAGGAUAGGCAACUUUUCUAAAAAUUGCAAUAGAGAAAUUAAACGGUAAUUGAAUCAUAAUUUGCUAAAUAAUUUUAAGCCUGUGAGUGACUCUAACAUUUCAUUAUAUGGCGUAUGAUGAUGUCUUUCCGUACAAAUGUAAUUGAAAAAAAUACAACUUGAAAUCUUCUAAAGAAGAGAACCAGCUAAUUUGUCCCUGCAAGAAUGUUAUGAAACUUGGCAGUAGAACUCGCAUGUCGCAAAACUAUUAAUCCAAGAAAAAUCACUUAUUAUCUAAAAUAAGUAAUUUUUCAUCUUUAAAAUGUUUACAAAUUAGUAUGUAUUUUAUAUGUCAAUCUUACCCAGAAGUGUUAGAAUUAUCAUUCUUGAGCCAGACUUAAACUGCCGAUGCCAGACACUUUGUCCUCAAUGUUUAUUUGAAGUGUGUAGAAGUUUUGUGUAAAAACAUUUUGUAAUUUUUCAUAAUUAACAUGCCUAAUUUUUUAUUGACCUGAAAAGAUUGCUGGAACAAGUACAAAAAUCUAUUGGAGAAUCAAACACUUUUAUGAAAAAUAUCGUAUAUAGAUACAAAAAAAAAGCCAAUAAAUCUUUUCUAUGAAAAAGUUAAUUAGAACAAAUCUUUAAUUUAGCAAGGAUGCCUGCAUUGUCAAACGCCAUAUAAUUGUAGAAAUCAGGGUAGGACAGCCACUGUAUUAAAACUGUCCUAACUUGUAGAGAAUAUGUUAUAUGCAUGGUUCAGAUGAGUCCAGAGCUCCCGAAGGUAUUUGUAUUCUCCAGUUACUGAUUCAGAUUGGGUUAGUGCUCGUAUACAUUUAAAGAUAUACAAUAACAUUUAUUAGUUUAAGAACUUCUAUCCCAAGAUAUGAUGCAGAAUGACUUCCUAUAUUCUGUUAUCUUUCUUAAUGUUUUCCGCUGAAAGCAAUUUGUAGAAAAAUCAGCACCUCUGGUCGCAAUUCUGAAAAAUAAAUAAUUUUCUUGCAAAUAAGACCAAAACAAGAUUAACUUUAUGUGAGUUUCCAAAAGAUUUAGAUGAAAUAUUUACGAUAUUCUAAUUGAAUUCUCACAAGCGCCUUUACAAAAACGCCAAUCCGCAGUCAUCUUCAUCAAAAAUGUUUGCAGCUUUUUAUAGCAGACCUUGCAAUAGCAAGAACAAAGUUCAUAAUUGUGAGAUCAAAGCCAAAAAAUACCUUUGACCGUUAAAUUUUGUUAAUUAUUGUAUAUCAUUACCUAUGUACUCUGUUAUGAACAGUGUUUUUUGUUAUAUAAGAUAAUAUGUACAAAUCCUUAUGCUUACGUAGUUAAGUCUACGAAUGUAUAGAGAAAAUAUUUAUUGGAAAAUAUUGCAAAACAAACAAGUGUGCAAUGAUCUAACAGCUUUUGUUUGAUUUUGUAUAACUAGUUUUUUUUUUUUCAAAUAAGUUUUGCCAUUGUUUUUAAGACGGUGUGGGGGUUUAAAUAUAUCAUUUAGAGCUCUAGACUCUCUUUUGUCCUGAAAUUUUGUAAUAAAUGUAUUUCUGAACAUCUAUCGCAACUUCUAAGAAUUAGGCAUUUCUUGCCUAUUUUGAUUUGCUCGGAUAUAUUGGAAAUGUAUUUAGAACUUUCAAUGGCAGAAUGUAGAAUCAGAGCAAGAAUGUACUAAAAUAUGUUUUUUCUAGUCAUAAAAUCAAAUUCAUUACUCUGUAGAUAUUUUGUUAGUUAUUUAAUAAUACAUUGAAUAAGAAGUAUUGUCUUGUUUUAGCAAAUCUUUUUCGAUUUACCAAAUAAAAUAUCUAUGAAGAUUAAAAAUAUAUUUUUUUUUCCUUUGCAGCACAAGGUACCCUGAUCUGAUUCUUUAAUUUUUGAUCGAACUGCAAUAGCUUAGUCUCAUUUUGUGACAAAAUUAGUUGAAAGAUUGCAUACUUUUUUCCCAAUAGUGUGGAAGGACUCCGCACAAACCUUAUGGAAAAUGGCUUUCUGUCAAUUUGGCUGAAUUUUUGACAUUGGGUAGAUUUCGAUAUUCUGAUUGAAAGUUAAUGUACAUUUUUUGAGCAAAUGGGCUUAAAAGAUGAUAUUAGAAAUGUAUGUAGCUUAAUAGGUAAUGUGCUCGACGCUAUCAACCAAUACUGAAAAACUGUGGAAUAGCGAUGUUGAAGUCUAGGAUCAGUAUAUUUUACUCGAGAUAUAUUAUUUUUUUGUUUUCCUAGUUUGGCUAUUUUAGUAUCGAUUGAUAGCGUUGAGCACCUACCUACUAUAAGUGUCAUGUGUUUUCAUUUCCUAUCAAGCCCAUUUACUCAAAAACUGUACCCUGAAUCAUUUUUGCGCAAUGUUAACUUUUAAUCAGAAUAUCGAAGUCUAACCAGUUUCAAAAAUUCAGCAAAUUUGAGAGAAGGCCAUUUUCCAUAAGGUUUGUGCGGGGUCCUUUAGAUGGAUAAUGUCCAACUAAACGAUUUCGUGACCCAUACUACAGCAAUUUUAAAUUUUUUUUGAGGUAUUGUUUCAACUUUUUGUGCACUGAAAGUCUUAGAAAUUAUAUUUAUCACUUCUGAAGUUUGAAACGACUGGAAAGCGCAUGAAAUUCGUUUCUGCGUGUAUACCAAGAUAAAAACGCAUUUUUGAAGAGUUAUUCUUUGAGAGGACAGAUAAAGUCUCCAAAAUAAAUAUACCUAGUAUUGAAUUCCUAAUUUUGUAUUUUCAAAAAAGACACAUACCGUUAUAGUGGAAAUUAACAUGCUUAAUAACUAUUUUGCAGAUCAUUGAACACUUAGGUGUAUAAAGAGGGGUUGUUGCAGUUGCUUGAAAUCUAAAAAAUUGACUAUUGAUUUUUGUCGAACAAAAUUUGCUGGCGGAUCGUCUGACCACAAUACUGACUCUUUCAGCAUACCUCAAAUGGACUUGACUCAUAGUGGUCGAAUAAUGCCAUUGCGGUAUAAAUAGCCAGCAAUCUCUACUCCUCUUUUAAAGCUUCUUCAGUGUCACUAAAAAGACCGACAUGGAACCAGAAGAGGUUUAUUGUUUUCAUUUCCCUACUAAAAAUAAGUAAGUAUAGGUAGGUACUUAUUUAACAUGCAUGGCUCUUCUGUUCCUGGUUUUUGUUGAUAUUUAUAUUUGGCCUUCUUGUAAAGUGAUUAGAAAUUCCUACUGGCCCAAAAUCUGGUGGUAAAACAAGCCUCUAGGUUGGAGGAACCACGUUUGCUUGAUCCGCUAAUAAUAUUCCUAGAGACUGGGUUGUCAAAGAAUGAAGAAGUUCAAUAGCAUGCUCUUUUUUGAACUCUUCCAGCUUGCUUGAUCUUCAACAUUAUAUGGAUCACAGGCACAAUCUUGUCCGUAGUACAAGUAGUACCCUACAAGUAGAAAAUUGAUUUUUCAAAUUUGAUAAAAUAGAUUCCAAAUUACCUUCUGUUUUUCUCUGAUGGAUAGUGAAGUUUUGGUACCAUUUGGGAGAACGUAUUCAAUUGUAAAUAAAAUGAACUUUUUUUUAGGAUUAAUAUUGUGAUGUUGUUUGCUGUUGACAAACAAUACACAAUAAUUAUCAUAUAUUAUUUACUUACAAAUAAGGUAAAUUCAAAUGGCACAUACGGAUGUUAAGUCAUCUAGGUGCUGGAUAUACUUGUUAUUAAUCAUAUCAUAAACCUGUUACCAUUAAGAUACAAAAUUUGAACAUGUAUAUAACCUUACGUAAUAUAAUGUCUAAUGUCUAAUGUAACUAUUUAUUUGCUUAUCAAUCAUUCUGUAGUCACAUCAUGUAAUUUUUAACAAUUACCUACCUGAGCUUUUAGUUUUGGACAACAGCCCUACACUUGCAGUUGGGAUAAUGCAUAAUUAUUCAGCAUUCACUAUUCUAUAAAUUGUUAGAUUUCCGAGAAGCUCUGAUGCUGCCUCGAUAGAAUUUCUUCUUUAGAUAUCUUUCACAUUUUUUGUAAUUGGUGCCAAGGAACUUUCAGUGUCAAGCAGAAUUUAUUUGAAACUUUUUUUGAUAUACAUUUACAGAGUUUAUAUAAUUACAUUUAGGUCUAGAAACUACAUAUAAUCUCUGUAACGUAAUAGAUCGAAUCGUUUCUGUGUAACACAACCGCGCAACUUUUGAAUGACCCUCAAGGUUAGCAAUAUUUAUAUACUCAAUUUUUCACUGGAUUUAUUAUUAACAUUAUUAUUUUGAAAGGUAAAAAUGAAAGAUUUUGCUGGAACUGAAUAAUCAGUUGUAUUGUAUUGUAUGUGUUCAAGGUGCCAGUUGCACUGGCUACCUAGGUAGAUCUAUUGUACUCCUCUUUCUGCUGCUUAAAUCAGGUUUCCUGCUCAAAGGAGCCCCUCUAGCCCUAAGUCCUUUAGGAAUCUUAGGAUAUUCAGUUGUUCCAGAGAUCAAAUGCUUUAACGUGUACCUAUACAGGGGGCUUCCCAGAUUGUUCAUCCUUAAACCAGUAACAGUAUCGCACUUCAGUAGAAGGUGGUGAGGUGUCUCCUAUACAUAAUGACAAAAUGUACAGGUACUGCUUUCUUCCAACUCCGAUUUCCGUAGGUGUUUCUUAAGUCUGCAGUGUCCCGAGGGAAACUUGGGUAGAGUGUUGAGACUUUUCUUGCUAAGCUGACCAGCAGCUCUGAUCUUUGUUGGUUAAAGUUGCCUAAAACAUCCUUCGCCUAUCGUAGUUCUGACUGUUCUAACCAUUGUUUGUUUCUUAGCCGGUUCUCUUUCUUUUUGGGGAUUCUUUGGAAGUGCGCAUUUCCGAUGCCUCAAAAUGGUUCUGAACCAGUGAAGGGAUUUGAAUCUCCCGUUCUCGCAAGUGUGUCUGCGCAUUCGCUGCUCUCAAACCCCAUGUUUUCAGGCACCCAGAGUAAGGUAACUUCGUUCUCGUUUCCUAACCCAUUGAGUUUCUGUGGACAUUCCCAUACUAUUUUAGAAUUGACUUCUGGGGCUUAUUGCUGUGUUAGCUGCUUGGCUGUCAUAAUCAGUUUCUCUCAAUAAUGUUUCAUAUUCUCCUUCUCUCAUUGCUAAAUGGGGGAAUUAAUUUUUAAAAUUGAUGUUCAGGCUGCAUUAGUUUCGGUUUCCAUGUUACAUUUUUUCUUAAAAUAAAAAACAAGUUAGAUGAGUCAAAAUUAUUUAAAAAACUGUCACCCAAGACGACAUGGCACUUGCUUUAACAAAUAUGACAUCUGUAAACUGUGAAUAAAAAAUAAUGGCCGAAAAUAUUAUUACCAAAUAUCUCUAUUAACUAAAAUUUCAGUGCAAUUUUUCUUGUUCUUUCCAUAUCUCCUUCAUUACCCUUUUUUCUGCUUUUUUUUUAUCAUCAAAUGCUUUCUUUUUCUGUUGUAGCCUUUUUAUUUGAGCCUCAAUACUUUUCUCCCCAUUUAAAUGAUUGUCAAGUUUUGUUCGCAAAAUUGAUCGAGCCUUUUUCCGGUUGACUUCCAGGUACCUUGUCUCUUGGCAUUUGACGAUAAUUCCUUUAAACAAAGGAAUCUUUAAUAUAAAUCUUCGAUUCUAUUUUCAGUUCGGAUUACCACUUGGAAUAUGUUUGAGCUCAACACAAUUGCAAGUUGUGGCAAUUUUUGAACCGCCAGGACCAGAUCCUUUAAUGUGUUUUUCUCGAAAAUCACUCUCGGUAAGUUCAGGGACAAGAGAAUAGUCAAUUUGCUUGUUAAUUUUGGAGUAAAAUCGAUUUUUGGCGGCAAAAGUAACUAUUCUAUCUAAUGUUCUUAACAUAGCGGUUAUAAUUAGGUCGAUAGUAGGUACCUAAAAACCUAAAGUGAGGGAAUUGGAGCUAAAAUGAAAAUUUCGAUUAA